AUAUCUGAACUUUAACAUAAUAAGUUAUUCAACCAUUUAAUAUUGUGUCGAUUUAAACUUAAGAGAUACAAACAUCAACUUGGAACUAUUUGUACAAGAACGGGUAACAUCGAUUUGAUUUUAAGUAGUUUCUUUACCCGCCAUUGUGUGGACUUAAACACAGAAUACAUCAUUCAAAUACAAUAACAGUGCGUUAUACUCUUAAAGAAGAACUUUAAAGUUUGGCUUUAAAGAAAUAUCCAAUAUCAACCCGGUGUUAUAUUAGGUAGGAGGUAAUCUCAUACCCGCCACUGAACACAAUCGGAUGGAUCUAGCCUUUAGAUCACCUCCAAAAUAGGACAAAAUCUAGCUGCACAGGACCACUACCAUGGAUGAUAAAACAAAACCACGAGCGGUCAUCGCCGAACCUUUAAAGAUAAAAAACUCAAUCACAGACGAUUGGGUUCAACCAUUCGGAUGCAACCAUGUUGUUGUCAGCUUCAGUCCUGAGAAAACUAGCGGAAAGAAAAAGACCAAAAAGAAGAAAAAGAAAAACGAGAAAGUUAUUGACGACGAAAAUGAGCUACUAUCAUUUUGUGUUAUGUGCGGAGAGACUGUGUCUGACAAUGAACAGAUCACUAGAUGUGACUCUGUGACUACAACAAUUGAUGACAUCAAAAGUCCACUCAAAGAACCAAAUGUAGCGAUUGGUGAAACACCAAGGGAUACAAAAAGAGGCAAACUCUUUUCGUCAUCAAGAAAAUCAAGUAGUUCUAGUCUGACAAAUAUCAACCAGUCAGCUCAGGUUACUUCGAACGAUUCGAAAGCAUGUCCCAUUCAUAGUCACAAAGACAUUAAAUAUUUUUGUGAAGAUCAUCAAGAAAUCUGUUGCAGUGUUUGUGUGAACGUUCUUCACAGAGGUUGUGAAAGAAUAAUGCGUAUUAAAGAUGAGCUUGGUAAUGGAUGGGACAUCAAACACUGCCAUGACACUAUAACGGCAUUAGACUCCAUCGCUGAAAGUUUUGAGGCAAUAAUAGACCAUAACAAGCAAGCACAGAAAGAAUUACACGACCAGAUAGAUCAGUUCAAAUCCAGACGUGAGAAGACACGAAAACGACUCAUAGAAGUUUUGGACGGUUUUGAUAAAACCAGCGACAGAAUGAUCAAAAAGUUCAUAAAGAUAUCUGAAGAAGAAAUACAGUCAACAAUUGAAACGUGCAAUGAUGCAAUCAACGAGACACGUGCUUCCAAAGAAUUGCUAGAGUUUACAGUUGAAAACAAUUCAAGAAAAGAUAGCUUUAUCACCACACAGAAAGUGUUAAAACAGAAGAACAAGUACGGUGUCGCCUUGUCUGAGUCCAUUAAGAACUGCAAAAGAAGAGCUGUUGAUUUUAUUCCAGAGUUAAACAUUGCAAAUAUAGAACACUUGGACAGUGUUGGAAAAAUAGAAUUUAGCGCUGAAGCAGUGGUGUUCCCAGAAUCAGUCGUUUCAUCCGUUUCAAAACUCCCAAAAUCAGAAAUUCGUUCACCAAGAGAGGUCACAAGUGCAUUUACAAGAAGUGAUUCGUCUGCUUCUUUGGAAAAUCAAAUACAUUGUAUCGGUAGGUACAAUGUCAGACUAGCAGACGAUAAGAUUAAGAGUGAAAAUGUAGCAGCAAUGUUUUUGGAUGAUGACAGAAUUGCAAUUGUUGAUAUGAGUAACAAGAAGCUAAAAGUGUUUGACCCCAAAUUCUCAAAAGCACAUUCUGUAGAACUAACGUCUGAGCCUCGUGGAGUUACAGUGACAAGUCCACUCGAGGUUGCUGUGACCUUGCCAGAUGAAAGUAAGAUCCAGUUUAUAACAACACACAGACGACUGUCUGUGACACGGUCUAUUUUAACCAGUCUUCCAUGUUAUGGGAUAACAUGCUCGAAUCAGGAGCUCGUCGUUCUUUGUGACGACGGGUUUUCAACAACAGCUAUUCAAAUUCUGGAUUUCGAAGGGAAAGAAAUAAAAACGCUUAAAAUGAACAAAAGCGGACAUGUCAUUUUAAAAAAUCCUUGGAAUCUUGCCGUCAAUUUAGACGGCCAACAGAUUUGUGUCACAGAUAGAAGCCGGCUGAUCUGCGUUGAUCUGGAGGGCAUGCACGUGUUUCAAUACGCAGACGAAAAUCUCGUUAACGCUAGAGGCCUUGCCGUUGACAAUUUGGGUCGUUAUUACGUAUGUGGAACUGGUUCUGGAAAUGUACACCAAGUUUCUGCCGACGGCAAGAAAUUAGGAAUCGUUUUGAAUGACAGUGAAGUUCCAUCUCCACAAGCCGUCUGCUAUCACAAAAGCAGACGACUUCUUUUAGUAACUAACGUUGGCGAUGACCACGUGUUUUUGUACAGAGUACCGAGAUAAUUAUUGGCUCUAUCUCAUAUUUUGAAUUUAUUUCAUUUCACAUGUACACACUAAACAGCAAUUCGAAUAUGGGUCAUUUCGUUGACCUAUGCCUCUUGAAAAUAGAAAUACAAUGUAUGAUACUAUAUUCUUGUAAAUACAUGUGAAGAAAAA